AUGUCACUAUUUGAUAAAAAUACUAUUUUGGUUGUCACAACUCUACUGUUGCUAGCUCUAUUUAAAAAUUUAAGCGUUAAUAGCUCGGAAGGGCAUCAGGAACCUGAUCAGGACCACGUUAUGGCAGGAUCUGCUGUUGCCAAGCAGAUGUUCGCCUGCGAUUUCGAGAUCUUUGGACGAGUGCAAGGUGUGUUCUUCCGCAAACACACGGCGGAUAAGGCUAAAAGAUUGGAAGUUAGGGGCUGGUGCAUGAAUACCCGGGAUGGAACCGUCAAGGGACACCUGGAGGCUCCUCUGAUAAAGUUAACGGAAAUGAAAAAUUGGCUGCAGAACAACACAAUUCCCAACGCUAAGAUCACAAAGGCUGAAUUUUCGCCAAUCCAGGAAAUCAAAGACUAUACGUCCACUUCUUUCGAAAUAAAACGUUAAAAACGAA